CCAUAGCAGUGUAAGGUUACGGUGUACAGAUCUGGGUCAUCGCCGUCCUUUGAUUUGAAGUUUUAUAAUAUACAGAUUGCAGAAUGGCUGACGAAACCCCAAAAUUGGAGCACGACUGGACGUCUGAAGUUGUCAUAAGACAAGCUCAAAUGAACGAUGUAACUGGGAUCUUCAACCUCACGAAGGAAGUGCAAUGGAAUAUAAGUCAAGACACUAUCGCCACUUUGUUGAAAAUCGUUGAAGAAGGCGGACAGUUCCUAGUUGCAGACCUGAAAGGAAGGGUUAUUGGUGCUCGUGUCGUCUUCAUACUAGACCACGAGACUGCGUCCGUUGGGUUUUUCGUUGUAAAAUCUGAAUAUCGAGGAAAGACUGUUGCCAAGCAAAUAGCAGCCCGUGUCCAGAGUAUUAUAGGGGAGCGGAACCUUAUACUGUGGUCCUUGGUACCUAGGAUAGCCGUAAAUAUUAAAGUUGGGAUGCAGUUGAGCACUGGAAAUUAUUGUCGUUUAUACUACUGCCGAGGAAAACUGGACCUUACAACACUGUCCCCAGAAUGUCCAGCGGGUGCGUGCACAAAACCAAUCCGAAUCGUUCCAGCCAGUGACGUCAAUGCUGAAGCCUUGGGAAGAUACGAUAAAUCCGUCUGUACAUUUUCAAGACCCCGAACCAUCCAGUUUUGGUUGGCAAAACCUACCGCCAUCGCACUGGCGGCUCUUGGAGACAACGAUGAAGUAAUUGGGUAUGGCGUCGCUCGCUCAGCGCCAGAAACGUUUUUCAUUUCACCAUUAUAUGCAGACACAAAUGACGCCAUGAUUCUUCUUCUGAGAUCUCUCCUCACCUACAUCCCAGAGGGUUCCGAGGUUGACAUGUACGCACGUGUGGAAAACCCAACUUUUAAACUGCUUCUCGAGAAGAACAAACGGACCUUUGCCAAAAUGCACGAAGAACCCAUCCGGUUAAUGAAUUCUAGAAGGGAGUUAGUAAUACCAAAGUUUGAAAGCAUCUUUGCGGUAGCAUUAGCUGGAGCAAUGCCAGUGUAAUUGUUUGCAUUCUAAUUAUCCAUUUAUUGCUCCAUUUCUACAUAUUUACUAUAUUAUUUAAAUUACAACUCGACUUAAACUUAUCAUCUUUAAGCAUACUUUAUCAAAGUUGUUAAAGACAUACAUGUACCUCCAAAUAGAUUUACUGUUAUUUUGAUAUACCAGUGAAUUAUAUUGCCUCCACUUUGACGUUUUAACAUGGUUAGCAUCUCUCGCGUUAUGCGCAUUAUAGGUGUCAGUACAAAGCCUGCGCACAGUUUCAUAUUUCAGUGACUUUCUACAGUGUUUCACACUCAGCACCGGCUACUUUGUUGGCUAUUUUACAUUCUCAUGAUCGACGUAUUUCUUAAAGUUCCUGCUUUUUUAAUUUCUUCAAAUCCGAGGCAUGUUAUAAUGUUUUCUUCAACUGGUUGUUGAUCUAUGCAUACAGUGAUGAUCUUGCAACGUAAUUUAAUGAUUGUAUAAUUGUGUCAAUUAAAGCCAUUAAUAUAUGCGUGUAAUUAACAAAUCCACACCUGUUUGU